UUUGUAGUUAAAAGUGAACACGAACAACAGAUUAGUCGUUACAACAUAAAAGAAGGAAUAAACUUGUAAGCGCUACGAUGGAUUGCCUAACUAAGUAACUGUUCACUGACUUCACACAUCGCGUGACUGCAGAACAGCUUUAAAGCCACACCCUCCCACCACGAGAGUUACGCGAGAUCAGCCACGCCUGCACCGCACCUCGCCACGGCCGCCCCUAUGACCCCUCACCGAGAGUGACUCAGCGUUUCUUCAUGUUGAUAUGAGCAAGCUUUUGAUGUAAGGUUAUCAACGCGUUGCAAACCAAGCGUGUCGUGAUUCCUGCAGAAGUAGAUAUUGCUUGUGUAUGAUAUUGCUUAUCAAGAAGUAGAUAUUGCUUAUCAAUAUUGAGCAAGCAUGGAUAAACAAAACGGACCCUUGGAGCUCACUACGAACUCCGCACCCCGACCUCGCUCUAGGCCACAGCUCAAAAAAGUAUCCCAUGAAGAACUGCAAGCCUUAGCCAGUAAAUCAAUUCCAGCCGUCAAACCUUUGAAUAUUUUUAAUCAAGACAACUUGAGGCCACCACAUUCAGAUACGAUGAACUACAUUUCGAAUUAUUUUCCCGUAAAUCCGCAACCUGCACUAUACAAGAACAGAAAUGCGGCAAAUUUGCCUUAUACGCAUGUACGUGAACCGGAUAUUACUACCGGUUCACCCAAUACUACACUUAGUAUGGCGUUUCCAACUACUGCCAAUUGGCCACAACCUCAAUCCAGCUCACAUGCCAGCUCAACCCAUUGCUCAACCAUUGCUCAACCCAUUGCCAGCUCAACCCCUACCCUAGACCAAUCGCUAUCUUCCUCGAAUUCAGGUGCCUCCAUUCCUAGCACAAUCCAGAAUAUUAAUAUCGCAACUGCGACAAAUUUGUCACAAGCUCCACUGGAUUUACACUUCAGAGUUCCAAACACGGUUCAUUCCAACAUGAGCCAAACUUCACAGAGAUUUGCAAAUCCUUCAUACAAUUCACAUACAAUAUCACCAAGUAUGAUCACACACAAUCUGAACAGCUUUUCAUAUCCUCAUAAAACUGUGGCCAAUCCAUGCUCUGGUUUGCCAGAUAUACCAUCUCAACAAUCAAAUAAACAUUUUCCAAUAUACCCUCCAAAUGUGAUGCUUGGACCGACCGGAACGAUGCACUACGGUGAUAGGAUGACAAUGGCUCGCCCAAGAAUAAAUCAAGGAUAUCUUAGUCCUUUUGAAACCCCUUUACAUCAAACGCGUCAACAGGCUAAUGGAUUUUACGGAAAUAACAUUUGUACUCCUCCAAUGCAUGGACUAAAUAACCUUACGAAUUCAGUAUGUUCGCCUUACGACUAUACCCGCAAUUUUUACGAUUUUCGUCAAGCGCCCCGAACACCGUUCCACAUUCCUCGCCCGGCGUUACCAACGUACGAGCAGAACGUAGGUCUAGCAUCGCCGUUCAAUGCAAGCCAGAAAACUGCUCGACUAAGUCAGAGCGCCAUGUCGUUUUCAUCAACAGUACCAUCUCCACAAUUGGAUGUGAACGAUUGUAGUUCUAUUGGGGCUAAAGAAAAGCAGCCGAAUAUUUCUCAGACAUUUGAAACUAUGAUAUCGCCACUCAAAGGAUCUUCGAUGAAUGUGUUCGACGAAUCGAUGCGUCCUUUGGAUCUAAGGUCGUCAAUGGCGAUGUCGCCGCUGAAUCACAAUCACCUACCCGGACAACAUGGCCCGACACGUACAUCGACUCCGAAACUUACCAACAACAAUCAGUUCCAGAAAAAUGAACAUCAUCUGAACACAUUACAAAAUGUUGAACCACGUUCACAAGACAACAAAUAUCGGAUAAAAAAGAAAAACGAUAAUUUCCUACAAUCACAUCCACCCUAUCAACCCUAUCGCUAUCAACACUACCGCCAUCAACGUCAUGAAUAUCCCGCAAGUCAAUCUCUUCAAAAAUCCUAUCAAGAACCUGGCAUGACACAGAACCUAGAAAUCGCUUCUCAUCUGGCAUUCCAGCAGCAACCAGCGCAAGUUAACGAGGGAAAUGUCGAUCGGCCCAUUUGGCACUCACAAGGCAUCACGUCGUCAGCAAUUGAAGCCAGCAUUCCAGAAAAUUCUUCAACCGCGGAUAAUCAAGCACAGAACAAAAAUACUAUAGAUGAUCUCCGUAAUUUCCGCCGAAACGUUGAACCACGUCACAUAGAACAAGGCCUAUUCGAAACGAGGAAGAAAAAAUACCAAGAAGAUCAUCUGCAUUCAAAGAACGUAACAGAACCGCUGCACCAAAUUCUGCCGGAGGAACUUGAUAAACGGCAGGUUUCCCCAGGGCAAAUUUUCCACGAUUCCCUAGUAAAUUGUCAACAGGUGCCUCACUUAUCCAUUUCGAGCUCGGAAGUGCAAACGCGAUAUGUGGAGCGUCCAUCGGAGCAAAUGGUACUAGAUCAAGGUAUGGCUGAAGUGAUACCCAAACAGCCUCGCAUUCCAAACAAGUCUAAACUUGUAACACUUAACAAAACAUUAGAAUUUAAACCAAGAAACAUGAAGUCCGCUCCUCCAAAACCAAGAGCACCGAAAAAAACGACGAUUCAAAAACCAAGAAUGCCAAAGAAGAGUAGAAUUUUUCAAGCAGGAAUAACGGAGGAAGCAGCCAAAAUUAAUCAACACGAACCUGGCUCCGUUUCUAAUCAACCUUCAACAGAAUCCACGGAGGGUCAAGACUCAACACAGCUCGAAGAUUUAAUACAAAAUGCUCUCCUAGAGUUACAAAACAAUUGUAGUUCGAGUCAGAAUCAGUCGUUAAACAGCCGAAAGAAACCAGCUCCUCCAAAACCAACAGCGCCAAAGAAAACAACCAUUGAAAAGCCAAGAAUGCCAAAGAAGACUACAAUAACACGAGCAGAAAUAACGGAGGAAGCAGCCAAAACGAAACAGCACGAACCUGGCUCCGUUUCUAAUCAACCUUCAACAGAAUCCACGGAGAGUCAAGACUCAACACAGCUCGACGAUUUAAUACGAAAUGCUCUCCUAGAGUUACAAAACAAUUGUAGUUCCCUACAGGACGAACUAUCAAUUGAUGAAGCUCCGAAGUCAGUCGAAUUGGAAAGAAAUGUUAAAUCUCUUUCUUCGCCGAACGAUUCCAAUCUUGCAAAUAUGGAGAAGUAUCCAGUACUUCGUGAAAUUUUGAUUGGAAAUGUAACAGAAUACAGACCUCAAUCUUCCAGUGAUAGCUUAAGUUUGAAAAAUUCGACCCAGGAAAAGGAUGAACCAUGGCAGGUUGAAGUGGUGUUCGUCGGGAACAGCAAUUCUAGUGCAAACGAGGAGAACAAAGGUGUGGAUGGUGACGAUCCAUUUUGUCGGUCAAAUGACCGUCAUGAUGAAUGUUUACUAGAGUACGACAUUGAUGUCCAUCAGAUUGAAGAUCAAUUAUCGAAGGCUGUAAACAACGAGGCUAUAACUGAUCUCAUUCUUCCUCAUUGCUCUUCAAUUAUGUCUCCUUUGUCACUGCCUGAUACUCCGUCUCAAACUGAGAUGGAGAACUGAAAUCGAAAGACUGAAGAAAUCGAAAGUCCAGCUUCUUGGCGAACUUGAGUUUAUUGGCCUUUGCAAAUGAGUCGUAGGUCCAUGUGAAAUUGUACAUCUUUUCAUGAUUUGUCUAGUACUUUUAUUUCAUCAUGAUGGAAAAUACUUACUUGAACUAUAUCAAAGGAAAUAUCGAAUUAUUCAGCGCACUAAAGCUGAUUUGACAUGGAUAUAAAUUUUACAUCCCCGUUAUCUUAAUCACCCAAUUUGACCCGUCACCUUAAUCUAGAUUUUAUGAGACUGCUCGAAUCUAACAAAAUUCGAAAUUUCAGAACAUAGAUUUAAAGAAAGCAAAGAAUAAGACGAAGAAAAUUUCAGUAUUUAUGAUGCUGUACGAAAUGUAUACAUUUAGUUUCCGAAAUUGAGCCUGAGGUAAAGAAAAUAUUGUAGGAACUAACAAUCUAGGUAACGCUCAAAAGUAAGGUUUCUUUUUAAGGAUUAGAACUGUACGUUACGUUUUUACAAUAAAGUAUUGGAGUUGACGUUAACCUAAAUUUAUUGCAAUAGUCUUAAAGUCCAAAGUAUCACUGAUGUCACAGUUCUCAAUAAAAUGCAAUUAUUCCUACCCGAAUUGCAGCAGGUUGUCUCUGUCUACAUUUGUUAUGCGCCAGUAUACAAGAAGUCAAUAUAUUAUUUUAUCAA